AUGUAUUUGGCUGUCUUCCACGAGUUUGCCCAUCCCGAGGUGCUGGAGAAUGUGAAGGCGGAGGGCAUCUGUGACGUGGACGUGGCUCCGGAGCCGAACAAGCUGGCCACUUCGGAGGAGGAGCAGCAAGUGUUGCGCUGCAACGCGAAGUUGAUCACGGUGAAGCACAACAUUACCGGUAUGCGCGACGUCUUUGAUGGCAUGACGGAGGCGGAGCUGGCGGAAAUCGAUGGGCAGGUAGACCAGAAGCUGCAGCAGCUCGUUGCGCUUGGCUUUCAGGUGGUGGAGCGCCACCCACGGACGUCGGCCGGUCGCCCAAUGCUGGACCGCGUGAUUCUGUCUUACCCGGCUUAA